AUGGAUGCUGACGACAAGGGGACGAUGCAGGUGGCAGCACUCGGUCGGCCUUUUGACCUCGGGAUGCUGUAUGACUGCCGUAAUGACUCACUCAUCCCUGGCAUGACAUUGUGGGACAUUAACGAUCUGAAAAAUGAUAUACGAGAAAAACCUCAGCACUACAACAAUUGUGAGAUAGUUGCAUCUGAAUCAAUUGCAGAUAAAUCUAAAGCAUUAAAUAUUGAAGGAUCUCUGAAGGCAAGUUUCUUAGGUGGACUAGUAGAGGUUGGAGGAUCUGCCAAAUACCUGAAUGAUACUAAAACAUACAAAAAUCAGUCCAGAGUAACACUGAACUACCAAGCAAACACAAAGAUGCAGCAACUGUCAAUGAAUCAUCUUGGAAGAGGUAAUGUGAAGCAUCCAGAUGUCUUUGAUAAAGGAAUAGCAACACAUGUAGUCACAGCUAUCCUUUAUGGGGCACAAGCCUUCUUUGUCUUUGACCGUGAGGUUUCUGAUGAAGAAAGUCAUCAAGACAUUCAGGGAAACAUGAAGGGGAUGAUCAAGAAAAUCCCCAGCCUCGCAAUAGAGGAGGAAGGUUCCCUCAAAAUGAACGACAAGGACAUUGAAAAGGUGGAGAAGUUCUCCUGUAAAUUCCAUGGAGACUUUUUACUGCAGAAAACUCCAACAACCUUUCAGGAUGCUGUACAAGUCUACCAAAGCCUGCCACAACUGCUGGGAACCAAUGGAGAAAAUGCUGUACCAAUGAAAGUCUGGCUGCUGCCACUUGUGAGUUUAGAUUCAUUUGCUGCUAAACUCGUCCGUCAGAUAAGUUUAAGUUUAGUGCAGAAAUGUCAGAGUGUCCUGGAGGACUUCACUGAGCUGGAAAUGAGAUGCAAUGAUGCAAUAAGAACCACCACUGCACAGCAGUUCCCACAGAUUGGUAAAAAACUUAAAACUUUUACAAAAUUUUGCUCUGAGUUCAAACUGGAAUUCAUACAAAAUUUGGCAAAGAAACUUCCAUCAAUCCGGGGAGGAGGGGAAGAGGAGGCUGUGCUGGCAGAGAUCCUGAAGAAGAGACAUUCUUCUCCUUUCAACAACAUAAGCCUGAACAAGUGGAUGGACUGUAAAGAGAAGGAAAUCCGUGUCGUAAAAUCUUUCCCCAAGAAGAUGGAAAACACCCAGAUUGUCUCAUCUCAAGGUGAACUUGAUGAAGAAAUUUCUAAUGCAGACAAUGCUGUGUGUUUUGUUUUCACCUCACUGGGAAGUGCUGAACCGUACCUCUCAGCUUUAUCAAACUACUUAAAACAAAAACCCAAACCAGACGACCCUCAAGAUCAACAUUGUCAUGACAUAGAGAAGGAACAAUGGUACGCCUCAAAAGAAGUAUCAGAUGAAAUGAAGAACAAAGCAAAGCUGUUCAGUGAUUUUGCAGAGGCCAACAAAGAGAAUGAGAACAUAAAGUUCCUGACAGUGGGUUUAACAGAUGAGACACAGAAAGGUUCAAGCAUCUACGUUUAUAAAGACGUCUUAACUGUCAGAGAGAACUUUGAGCCGCCUUCAAAGCCUGAAACAGUGACAGCAGGUGAUGUAACCCACAACUGUGUGACACUGAAGUUCUCUCCACCAAGAUUUGGAGCAGAGAACAUCACCUCCUACUCUGUGGAGUACUGUGUCAGUGUAGAGGAUGGAUGGAAACAAACAACAGCAGCAAAACCUGAAGAAGUCACAGUGAGCGGUCUGACUUAUAACACAAAGUAUAUGUUCAGAUGCAGAGCAGUGACCUCAGUAGGUGUUGGACCAGCAAACUCAGUGUCCGUGUCUACAUCUCCUCUAGUCUACUGCAAUGAGCAGAUCAGGAUUAUCAUGGUGGGGAGAAUUGGAGUUGGGACGAAUGACGCAGGAAACAUCAUUCUGGGAAGAUCCUUUAAAAGAAACUAUUUGAAGAGGUUUUAUAGGCCUUUAGCUAGUGUUGAUAUGACAGAAUACUGUGAGAGGGCUGAUUGUAAGGUGGAUGGACAAAAAGUUGCUGUUAUCAAAAUUCCAGACCUGUCUGACACAAGAUUCACUGACGAGAAAACAGAAGAAGAUAUUCUUAACCAGUACAUUAAAUAUGCUUCACCUGGACCUCAUAUCUUCCUGGUUGUCAUCGAACCGUACAACUUCACAGAUAAAGAAAAGCAGACGCUGCAGAAAAUUCAGGAAAUCUUUCGUAUGGAAGCCAACAAAUACUGCAUGGUUCUCUUUAACUAUCAGAACUGGCUCUUCGGGAAAACUAUUGAGAAGUUGUUGGAUUACAACAAAGACCUGCAGGAACUUGUGACCAAAUGUAAUGGUCAGUAUCACGUCUUCUAUUCUGAUCUGGACAAUCGUUCUCAGGUCAAUGAGCUGCUGAAGAAGAUCAGAAAUAUAAUAGAGAAGAACGCAGGAAAUCAUUACACCAACGAAACGUUCCAGGAGAUAGAGAGAGUGAUUCACAAGGAGAAACAACAAAUCCUAAGAGAAAGAAGAACAAAUGUGUGA